CCUCAUCCAACACACCCGGUAAGCGCGAGUAAUACGAGAGAACCCAAAACCAGCGAUAUGGGAGAGGAAAAUUGCCAGCAGUAUCGAGUUCCACUUUAUGGAGCUGCUUGGGUUCCAUUGAAGGAUUUAUAUAACAAAAACAAACGAAAUCAAGAAGAACAACAAGAUGAUCAAAAACAACAAGAAGAUAAAGAAGCUGAGAAGAGUGAAUCUACAGAAACUAAGAAGAGUUCUUGGUUGAUUCUCUCUGGUGGUGGCGGAGAUACAAAAAGUGGGAUUCAAAAUUCUAUACUUCUUGCCCAAUUCGAUUCCACUUCUAAUUCCCUCUCCAGAACCCCGGUGGAGAAGCAUGAGAGUGGCUGUGAUUUACCUUACAGAAUGGCAGUUCAUCCAGGUGGAGAAGGCCUUAUAUGUUCGUUCCCCAAUUGUUGCAGGUACUUUCAGUGGAUUGCACCAACAAGCAUGGAAACCAAUGAUUUGGGCUUAAGAGCUUCUGAGACGGUGCUUACGCAGUUGGAAAAUGUUGGCCAGCAAUUGGCUUUGGCGUUUAACAAGGAGGGUUCUGUACUUGCUGUUGGAGGUGAGGAUGGCCACUUAAGAGUCUUCAAGUGGCCUAGCAUGGAAAUUUUUAUUGAUGUAGCUGAUGCUCACUCAACUUUGAAGGAUCUGGAUUUCAGUCUUGAUGGGAAGUUUCUCGUUUCCUUGGGAGGUGGUCCUUGUCGGAUCUGGGAUGUCAACUCAUCGGCAGUUGUAGCUACUUUACAGAGGGAAAAUGAUGAGGUUUUCACUUCCUGCAGAUUUUCCAUCAAUAGUAACAGCACUCAGAUUCUUUACAUUACAGCAAUGAGAGAUCGUGGAGGCAGUAUUGUGUCCUGGAAUACAUCCUCAUGGAUGCGAAUGUCGUCAAAGCACGUAGUCCGUGACCCUAUCUGUGCGUUCAAUGUAUCACCUGAUGGAGAAUACCUAGCCAUCGGAACAAUUCAAGGAGAUCUAUUUAUAUAUAAAUCAACCAAUAUACGGGUGAAAUCAAUAAUUAAGAAAGCUCACAUCGGUUUAGUUACCGUGUUGAAGUUCUCUGAAGAUUCUAGAUUGCUGGUCUCUGCAUCCAUGGACUCUAGUGCGAGGAUGACCAAAAUUGAAGAAGACAAAACACAUAACGGGCUGUCCAUUUUGAAUUUUGUUCUUAAAGGCUUAUGGUUGAUAAUUUUCAUCGCCAUAUUUGUUAUUCUGGCAUAUUAUUAGGCAAAUAACAAACCCCUCCCUUUCUAGAGUUGGUUUCAUAUCAAAUGUAGUCAGACAGAAGCUUCACUUGGAACAUUGCGACCAAACUACUCAACUUUCACAGAAAAAAUCAUUGGAGCAAAGUAUCAACAUAGAUAACAUUCUGUUCCUGUUAUAUCUAUUUUCGAGAAAUUUUUGUCUUCAGUUUUUACGCCAAGGAUUUUUUAGAAAUUGCAUGUUAAGGUUUUAUUAUUGAAAACAUUUGAUAACAAUCCUAAUUAGUUAUUACUAAAUAUGAACAUUGAGUUUUAUCCACCGGCAAAUAUUCUACCAUUUUGUUUUCUUGAAUGCCCACCAGCAA